CCAAUUGCAUAAAAUAAUUAGCCUUUUUAGCUACAAUUGUGGCUUCAAACUGCUUUGAUAGUUCAAAUAGAUGAUGUCUAUCUGAUAUCUACAAGUUUUUCCUGCCAGUAGCAAACGAACUUGUAUAUUUUUAGAGUUUUUUUUGUGCAGUGUUGAAGUGAUUUGGUUUUGCAAUGUUUUGUACUUUGCUGUGUGUACCCCACACUGCAACUUGAGGGAUUGACAAUCAAACGUUCCCAAACAAGUUCAGGAUCAAAGGAUUCCUUCAAAAAUACAUCUCAUCCUCGAAAUCUGAUCCAAAGAUGUCGAGGAGUGACUUGGAUAAGAUCCAGGGACAACUUAGACAGGCUAUUCAGAGCCAUCAGAUGUUUGUUGCUCGUAUGAAGUUGGAUCCACAGAAUGCAACUGUUCAGAAGCAGCUCCAUGACCUACAGGCAGAAAUUACAUCUCUGAGCGAAAAACAGAAGGUGAUUGUGCAACAGCUGCGGAAGGACCUCGUACCAAAGCAAGGGAGCGAGAAUACCCCUGUUGUGAGUCAGCCGAGUAAGCCGGUCGCAUCUUCCUCCACGAGUACCUCAAAGCCACCACUGCCUGUCACACCAUGUACCGCUCCUCCCAUGACAAUCUCAGCCAAGAAAGAACGCCACUUCCACAAACCCCACUCCAGGAGGAAAGAGAUGCGGCCGUCAUCUCCAAUACGGAUCCCUUCGUAUCCACAUCACAGACCAACGUUAUUACAGAGCAAUAAAACCAAUGUAUUAGGAGAUUAUACGCAGAAGAUUUCAACCUCGUCUCCAGUGAAACGCCUGCCUGAAGCUGACAAGUUUGUGAAAGAAAACAUCAAAAAGUCGCCAGUCUUGAAACGAGAGCUCCCUCUAGGAGAGAAACAGAAAUUUGAGUUCAUGGCCGCUCUUGAUCUUGUUUCACCCGACACAGUCAAGGAAUUGCAAUCAAAACGCACUGAGCGAAAAAGACGAACAACAGCGAAUCCUCACUUUGCCUCCGGUGGAUAUGACUCUGAGCGGAGACAAGCGUUUUCCAACUACCUCGCCAGUAUCGGAGUGAAACGAUCACGAGCCAUCUUGGGAGCACGACUAAAACUGCCGCCCCGCCAACCGCCAACAUCUGGUUUAACGAGACUGGGAGAGCAGAGAAAACGUAGAAAAAGGACGUCCAAUUUGUCGUUGUACAGAAGUCGAAGAAAACGGCUGGUUUCUCUGGAGAGAAGAUCAUGUUUGUCAUUGGAAGGUCGGUUUCCUCGAGCGUCACCCAAUACCAGUCGUCCAGGGACCCCCGACAGCGUCGAUAGUGGUGCCUAUAGGAAUGGUUACUCAAGGAAUGGAAGUAGUGAUGGCGACGUCCACGAUGACUACUGCGCCAUGUGUCAUCGCAGCGGUCAGUUGUUGAUGUGUGACACGUGUAGCCUCGUGUUCCACUUACAAUGUCUCGAGCCGCCAUUGUCGUGUGUUCCACAGGGUUUGUGGUCUUGCCCUAAAUGCCAGGCGGAGGGGAGACAGAUUCCACAAAAUCCGCCCAACCCAGUGUUACCUGCCGCGUUAGAAGUGGUCAAUUCUUAUAUAGCCAACAAAGCAGCCAAAGAAGAAGAAAAAAGGAAGUUAUUGCGGAGGAAGAGUGAGCUGCAGAGUGAAAGAGCACAACUCGAAUUAAAAUCACAACAACUUAAUAUGUCUGUAAAUAAACAAGGUGACGACAAAGGUGCCCUUAUAUCUAUGAACAAUAACACUCAGGCGUCGGUUGACAAGAUCAAGAAGUUCAUCCAUGUCUUCCAGUCAUGUUGACGAGGAAACUUCUGAUUUAUCCCUGGCGAUGGCGGAGCAAGUCGUUUAUGGUGCAGUAAGUCGUGUGCCUCUAUAAGGCCUAUCAUCGACAUUGAACUCAGAUACUCUUGUCGGAGGACUGUCGAUUAUUGACCUGCCUCUAAACGUCAUCAAUGCCAACAGCGGGUGAUGUCACACAAUGUCACAGCAGACGGGCGAACGUAGCCAGCAAAUGGCGUCACAACGUGCAAGAUUGAUCAGCCAUCUGAUUCCUAGAGCAGUACGCAAUGUGGUAACUCAAAACUAUUCAAGAAGAGUGAGACGAUGAAGGCUCGUAUCUUUAUCAUCUUGUAUUGCUCAUCAUCAGUUCUAGUCAGAUGAGAUGCCUCACCUAAGAUGUUCAUUUCAGUAGUCUCUACCAGUUGUUCAUUUCAUUCACUCAUGAUUGACGUUCAGCGAAUGUUCAGUCGGGUUGUGUUAGCCAUCUAGGAAGACUUUAAACACUUCGCUACAUGACGUUCCCAGAUUUUGUUUGAGUCGAUGAGGUGAUGCUGUGCAUUGUAUCAUGACGUGAUGUGACCGUCAUAACAUACAUAAUCUCACACCAAAUUAUAUCAGGUCAUUGUCGUGGUUAAUUUCACGAACAUUUUUGAAUCAGAUGGAAAUUGAAAAUAGUUGACUUGGUUCCCCAAACUUUUGUACCGACCUUCAAUAUUAAAUGUAAUGUAAAGUUUGUUGUGCUGUGAAAACAGUUGUUGUCAAAAGCCAAGUAUUGUCAAAUUGCGCUUAAUGGUAUUUAUUGAAUCUAUGCAGAUUUAGAAAGAGCCUUUAAUGAGAUUCUUAGAGUAGUGAUAUCUGCUAACUGAUGAUGUCAGCACAUGUCCACAACCUUCAGUAUUUUGUUGAAAUCAAUGGACGUUUGUCUUGUAGGCUGCUCUCAUGUGUGAAAACAGUGGUCGACCGUAAACCGCCAAUGUUUUACAAUCCGAAAAUAAAUUGUUCACAUGAAAAACCGUAUCUGCCAAAAUGAAUAGCGUAAAUUUUUAAAGAAAUGUUUGUGAAACACAAAAAUGAAGAUGUGUGGAACAUUGGCUGUUUACAGUACGAUAUGGUUGUAAAUAAAAUGUCGAGUUUCACUUUCAGGGAGCAAUUUCACAGAUUGUACCUGGGUGAAUGUCCAUUCAUUUAUGCUUUUUAGGCCUCCCAAAAAAAUGCAUAAGGUUCACCCAAAUUAAGGGGGUAAGGGGGUAGGGGUAAAGAUUUUUUUUGGGGGGGUGUGUGACCCUCUUGGAAGUGUUGUCUGGAGGUCAAUAGCUGCGCUUACACCACGAAAUAUUGGUGGACCAAUUGCACGUACACCACCACAUUGCCGCGACAAAUUGGUUCGGCAAUCCAUUGCCGAUACAAAUUGCCGAGCGAAUUUGUCCCACCAAGCUUGAUGGUCCAAAUUCGCCCGGCUUGUUGAAAGCUCGGCUUUGUCGUGGUGUAAGCGCAAAUGGAUCGGCAAUUAGCUAGUUAGAUGGUUCGGCUCCGUUUUCGAAAUGGCGCUUUCUGCUUAUUGUUUGCGUGCCAUCUGUAGCCGGAUUUUAUAACUAGCUGCAGCGCUGGUGUAAGCGCUUGGUGGAUUUUCGAUGGUGCGGCAUUGGUUCCCGAACCAAGAUUGGUGGUCCAUUUUCAGGUGGUGUAAGUGCGGCUUAUAUGGUUAAAUCUGCUCCUGAAUACCUCAAGUGACAUCAGACAUCAAGUUAGUCUUAUGAAUGUGUUGAAUCAAGAUCAGCAGGAAGUUUCAACUGGACAGACAAAAUGUUUGUUGAUACAUCUGUGAAAAUGUUCUCCGAAUGAUCUCAAUGUUGUGAUUGGAAAAAAUUGUUGUCAAAAUGCUUCCUGAUUUCAAUUGAAGCACAACAUUUGUAUAAAAGAUUUGUAUUUAUUAUAAUGUGUAUUGGUGCCUGCGACAAGAAUCGGUGAUCGCAUAAACUGCAUGGGGAAUGGAAAGCAUUUGAGAAAUAUUGCAAUAUCUAUUUAUGGCAAGCAUAUCGUUAUGCAUGCUGAUGUUAAUGAGGGCUUGUCCUUGAACUUUAUAAGGAUCAUUUAAGGGGAACAGCGUAUGUUAUAGUGCUUCAAUCCUUCACAGUGAAGCCCAAGGGUUCUCAAGAGGUUCCUGUGGCCCUUAACCAGUACAUUCAAUCUAAGUUAUGAUUUUCAUUCUUUUGUAAUAUGUGGCUAGAAAUUUUAUACUCUAUAUUUUUCUACUAUAUGUAUAUAUUGUUGUAAGAUAUUGUGAAUGUUCAAGUACAUCCCAAGAUGAAGUUUAUGCUGGUACUAAUUGCAAUAAUGGCACUUUAAUUGUUCCAAGGAGUUCAUUUGGUUCAAGUCACAAAUGUGCCCAAAAUAUAAAGUUGCCAGUCUAUGUUAGGAUGCCUGAGGAAACUUCUUCCGUUUGGAGACCAAAAAUAUAUUUCCAAAUUAGCCAUCAAUAACAGUCAAAAGUUGAUCUAUUGGAGGUUUCAGCAGGCUCGCGACAUGAUGACUUAGGUGAGUGACAUGAUGACUUGGGCGCUCUCACUCAAUUGUUGGGAUUGUGUGUUAAAGGGAGACUAUAGGCAGGAGCUAGAGGGGCCGAUUGGAAGCUGCUGCAUGUGAUUCAGUGAUAAACAUGUUCCAGUGUGAAUAGGUUCGAUAUUCUGUGAGAUUUGACUUAACUUGCUAGCAGCCCCUCUCUGUUGUCUCCCUUUAAAAACUUUGGCAGUUGGUUGCCGAUUCUCCAGAGGGAAACCAAACCAAGAGUAUUGCUGUGCCAUGUCUCCUGAAAUGUGCAAGUCAAUAAUCCGAGACAAAUAUUUGCAAAAAAGACAUCUAUAUUAUUAGAUAAGCAAGAGAUGUUGAAUAAAUUAUCAAUGCUCAAAUA